AAGUCCGUCGUCUCCGUACGGAGAAAUUGGCGGGUGAAAGAGGUCCUUGGAACACUCAGAUCUCAGGUUUAGCCCAGCCGUCUUCGGGGAAAGCAGUCCUUAAUUUAUUUCCGCAGCAGCGGGAAUCCGGGAAUAGAAGCACCAGGGCCCUAAUGGGACAUUCGAGGAGCAGGCCGAGGAGACGCGCUCCAUGCAGCGACGCCAGGCCCCAGGUUUUCGAUUUCUGGUGCCAUGUAACUUCGAGGGAUGUGCAGCUGCUCGGGCCAGGUUAUGCUCUGGACGCGCGCUUUACCGGGGACACAGACAAUGUUUACCAAGAACGGGUGGCGGGAUCCAAUCCUGCAGGAACGCACGGGAGCACAGAGGCCGCCGUCGUGGACAUGGGACUAAUGGCAGGCUGUCGCUGGAUCGAUCUGCGAAAAUUGAUGAACCGCAGUCGUCAGUUCGCUCGCGAGAACGUGCCGGAGUGACAGUGAGACAGGCCCUCGAGGCGCGAUCUCGUGGAUCACCGGCGAUUGGGACCCUGACCGCGAUUGCGAUGGCCCCCCUAUCUGGGCGAUCAGCAGCCAAGGUUGCAUCGCCGUUGGGACCAGAGCCAGAACCCCACCACGCAGUAGCUGAGAAGACGACAUCGACAGCCAGAGCGCCCCCACCCUAAUCAGCCGGCGAACACCAUAGGUUCAACACAGCCGGCAGCCACUCCGUACUCUAGGGUCGCUCCUGGCAGGCGAGCUAACGGCGCCAGGUCAUGCCUCA